AUGACAGAGCGCAAUGUGACAUGGGUCGUAUGUGAAAUGGACCAAGACAUGAAGAAUGAUGUUGAGUAACAAGUAAACAGAGCAAUUGAUUAAAAAGAGACCGAGAAAGAAAUUUCAGAAUAUAUCAAGAGCUUCUUCGACAAAAAAUACUCACCAAACUGGCAUUGUGUAGUAGGAAAGCAUUUCGCUUCAUACGUUACCUAUACUAGCAAGCACUAUAUUUUCUUCUAUAUAGGUCAAAUGGCUAUCCUUCUCUACAAGCUUUGA